AUGGUGGACGAAUUGUUAAUGUUAGUAGUGAAUGAAACUGCACGGUUUUCAAUAACGCAUUGUUUUCAAGAACUAAAAAGCAAAUUUCUAGAUCCAAACGUACCAGCAGUAAUAUUAUUUUUACCUUUACUAAAAGUAGUCGAAGAAGGAAAAAUUUCCGAAACAGUUGAUUUCGGUCCGAUUGAAUUUCAAGAUCUUUACUUAAUUUAUUAUUCCGCAUCAAGUUAG